GGUGAAUUGUGAGUACCCAGCCACAACUUAGCACAGCCACAGCGUUCGGAUACUGUUCGCGAGCCACGUUCCAAUCAUUGUAACCAGGGCUGGAUCUAUUCUCAGGACACAUAUGGUGUGAAAAGCGAUCACAGCCCGCAGCCUGAAGUAUAGCCGCCCUCCCUGCACGCGGACAAGAACAGACACAUAGCAACAUCAUCAUGGCGGAACCAGAUUGCAACUGUCUUAAGUAUGUUAAUGCCUUGAUGGGCUCAUGUGAGCCUUUCACCUUCUGUAUCUUUGCUUCAUUUCUCUGAUUUCACGGCAUUGAAAACACCAAUUCUCACGUUCUUCCGCCUACUGCUAAUAACCGAUACCAACAUGGACCCCGGAGCUUGUUUAAUAAUUGCGAGUCUCACGAGGGAGGCUGCGGCCGUACUUAUCCGACGGCACGGUUCGGAAGCCGUCAUCGCCGCGUUACGGGCAUGGGCACAGUACAACAGCGGACGGUCGUCGAAUCUGGGACACGAGGAGGCCAUGAAACAAGCGAAGAACGCAAUACCGAGGUUCUUGAAUAAGGUCCAGCCAAAUGAGCUUCGUGUCAUUCCAGGUGCUUUCAACUCCUCUCCCGAAUUCAUGGCCAUCUUCCAGGCCGAGGCGCUGGUCGCGAUCCCCGUGGCCCUGCUUGCGGUCAAGGAGGCGAUUGAUGGAGUCGGGUCAAGUCUACAGGGUAUUCAACACGAGCUUACGAUCACCAACAUGGCAAAGAUCCAGGGCUGGGAACAGGAGGGCUUCGGCGCGCAUGUCUAUCGUUUUGUGGAGUACGAGAUGCUCCAGGCUGCGAACGCCCGUACAAAGAGCGGUGAUCAACGGCGGCACUACUUCUACGUCUGGAACCGGGAUACAGAUUGGUAUCCCGUCUUCGAGGCGAAGAACCGAGCUUUCCCUCUUCGUGCUGAGUUUGGCGGGUGUCAUCAUGAACUUGAUGCGAUCUGUAUGCGGAUGAGGGCAGACAGGAGGACACUCAUUCAAACUACGUCCCAUGGACGCACGGCGCAGUUCCAUCUCCUCGUUCCAACUCACGAGCCGUAUGUUCUGGAUCGCCCUGUCAUAUUCCACGAGAGCCUCCUUCCGCUUACUAUCACGGGCCAGCGGCAUCGCAGUGUGGAUCUUGUCUGGUUUAAUCUGUGUUCGAAACCAACGGAGUUGCAUCUGCAAUGUAUAGGAGUCUUGGAAGAGAGGAGAAACACCAUUGAGCAUGCUGGAUUUAUUAGCUCCGCUGGCUGCUGUAUUGGCUUCAUGGCAGCUGGCUGUGCUGCUAUGGCAUUCCCGCCCUGCGCUCCUCUUGCAGAGGCAGUCAUGUUGCCGCUCUGGUCGGGAGGAGUGGCUUCUUGGGGUGCUGCGACCGGCGCCUGUGUUUACGAGGACGUCAAUCGUGAGGAGCUUUGCGUCCUAGGGGAUUAUUCCAUACUGGUCUAGAGGAAGGCAUAGUUUGCGUUGGCUUGGGAUAAGCGUCUUUGGGGGUUCUUUGGAUAUUGUCUUGUGUUCAAGAAGG